UCUACCCCGAUUUACUGAAAUCAUACUCAGAAUAAAAGCUUGGCUCCCUGGGUGUUCCGGGAUUGGAGCUCACAACCUUCUUGUCUGUCAAUCAGCUGGUGAUCUAACGCUGUUUAUGGCCAUAAAACCUUCACAACACUAAGAAUAUGAGGUUUUAUUUUGAUUUCUACGUGCACUAUUUGGUGCUGUUGGCUUUGAACUGUGGUGUUCUUUCAUACGGCCCUCGUCAGAGAGCUCAGAAGACGGGGGACAUACUGCUGGGGGGUUUGUUCCCAAUACACUUCGGAGUCGCUUCCAACGACCAGGACUUGGCUGCUAAACCGGAAUCUACAGUGUGUGUGAGGUAUAAUUUUCGUGGAUUUCGAUGGCUCCAGGCCAUGAUUUUUGCCAUAGAGGAAAUUAACAACAGUUCUACACUUUUGCCCAACAUCACUCUGGGGUACCGUAUAUUUGACACCUGUAAUACCGUCUCCAAAGCCCUGGAGGCCUCUCUCAGUUUUGUGGCUCAGAAUAAGAUCGACUCUCUGAACUUGGACGGGUUCUGUAACUGCACCGGGAACAUCCCGUCCACCAUCGCCGUGGUUGGGGCUUGCGGAUCAGCGGUUUCAACAGCGGUGGCCGACCUCGUUAGUCUCUUCUACAUCCCGCAGAUCAGCUAUGCUUCUUCAAGUCGCCUUCUGAGCAACAAGAACCAGUAUAAGUCCUUCAUGAGGACUAUUCCGACUGACGAGCACCAAGCGAUCGCAAUGGCGGCCAUCAUAGAUCACUUUCAGUGGAACUGGGUCAUCGCAAUCGCUUCGGACGAUGAAUAUGGCCGUCCUGGGAUAGAAAAAUUCGAAAAUGAGAUGUUUGAGAAGGACAUCUGCAUCGACCUCAACGUGCUAAUCUCUCAGUAUCUGGAAGAAGCUGAGAUUAUUCACAUUGCAGACCAAAUCCAGAACUCCACUGCUAAAGUUAUUGUUGUGUUCGCCAGCGGGCCCGACGUUGAGCCGCUGGUUAAGGAAAUGGUAAGACGUAACAUCACGGAUCGCGUGUGGUUAGCGAGUGAAGCGUGGGCUCUGUCGAGCCUUGUGGCCAAACCCGAGUACCUGGACGUCAUGGGUGGGACCAUCGGCUUCGCGCUGCAAGCAGGCCAGAUCCCUGGAUUCAAGGAAUUUCUGCAGCAUGUACAUCCAAAAAAAUCCCUGCAUAACGAGUUUGUGCGAGAGUUUUGGGAAGAAACGUUCAACUGUUACCUGGUGGACAGUGUCAGGAAGGAGGACGGUGAGAACGGCAGUGCGGGGUUUAGGCCGCUUUGCACGGGCGAAGAGGACAUCACGAGCGUUGAGACUCCUUACCUGGACUACACUGACCUGAGAAUCUCCUAUAACGUUUAUGUAGCAGUUUACGCCAUAGCCGAGGCACUGCAGGACAUCCUCACGUGUACGCCUGGGAGAGGACUCUUCGCUAACGGAUCAUGUGCUGAUAUUCACAAGGUGGAGGCGUGGCAGGUGUUAAAGCAAUUGAGACAUCUGAAGUUCCAGAACAGCAUGGGUGAGACGGUGCACUUCGACGAGAGCAGUGAACUUUCUGCCAACUACACCAUCAUGAACUGGCACCGUUCCCCCGUGGACGGUUCGGUGGUGUUCAGGGAGGUCGGGUACUACAGCGUUAGCGGCAAAAAGGGCGCCAAACUCUCCAUAGACAAAUCGAAAAUACUGUGGAAUGGCUUUUUAACUGAGGUGCCAUUUUCGAACUGCAGUGAGGAGUGCGAGCCUGGCACCAGGAAGGGCAUCAUCGAGGGGAAACCCACCUGCUGCUUCGAGUGUACCGAGUGCUCUGAUGGAGAAUACAGCGUCUUUAAAGAUGCCAGUGUUUGUACCAAAUGUCCCAACAAUUCUUGGUCCAAUGGGAACCACACAUCCUGUUUCUUAAAGGAGAUCGAGUAUCUGGCAUGGUCGGAGCCGUUCGGGAUCGCUCUGGCUCUGCUCGCCGUUCUUGGGGUUCUCCUAACCUCUUUUGUAAUGGGCGUGUUUGUACGGUUCCGGAACACACCGAUAGUCAAGGCUUCAAACAGAGAGCUGUCCUACUUGCUGCUGUUCUCUUUAAUCUGUUGUUUCUCCAGUUCGCUCGUGUUCAUCGGCGAGCCUCAGGACUGGACGUGUCGCCUGCGUCAGCCUGCAUUCGGCAUCAGUUUCGUGUUGUGCAUCUCCUGCAUCUUGGUGAAGACCAACCGGGUGCUUCUGGUGUUCGAAGCCAAGAUUCCCACCAGCCUCCAUCGUAAGUGGUGGGGUCUGAACCUGCAGUUCCUGUUGGUCUUCCUGUUUACCUUUGUACAGGUGAUGAUCUGCGUGGUGUGGCUGUACAACGCUCCGCCGGCGAGUGACAGAAACUAUGACAUUGACGAGAUAAUCUUCAUAACCUGUAACGAAGGCUCCAUGAUGGCCCUAGGCUUCUUGAUCGGUUACACCUGCCUCCUGGCAGCCGUCUGCUUCUUUUUCGCUUUCAAGUCACGGAAGCUGCCGGAGAACUUCACGGAGGCCAAGUUUAUCACCUUUAGCAUGCUUAUCUUCUUCAUCGUUUGGAUCUCCUUUGUCCCUGCCUACUUCAGCACCUACGGGAAGUUUGUCUCAGCUGUGGAGGUCAUUGCCAUCCUGGCGUCCAGUUUCAGCCUCCUUGCAUGCAUUUUCUUCAAUAAGGUCUACAUCAUCCUGUUCAAGCCUACCCGGAACACCAUCGAGGAAGUUCGCUCCUGCACGGCGGCACACGCCUUUAAAGCAGCCGCCAAGGCCACGUUGAGGCAAAGCUCCGCCUUCAGGAAGCGGUCCAACAGUGUGGGCGGGUCCUCCGCCUCUUCGCCGUCCUCGUCAAUCUGCCUAAAGACAAAUGAGAACGAAGCAGCCACACCCACCGGGCAGAGGCGGAGCCAGAGGCCCAGGGUGAGCUUUGAAAGCGGGACGAUGAGUCUGUCGCUCACUUUUGAGGAGGCGAGAAAAAACUAAGCUCGUACAUAUUUACGCUUAGUAGCUGUUUUAAUAAGUGUGUCCACACUGCAGAUCGUUUAGUAAUUGUACAAAGUAUUGAACAGGUGUUAUUUGUGUGGUGGUUCAUUCCCACAUGUUGCGAGAUUUUUACGUUUUUGAUGCGCAUAUAGCUUUGAAAUGCAAAACUGGAUUAUUUGUUUAAACAAUACAAAAAAAGCAAAUUAUUAUUAUAUGCUUAAAUGUAUGUGUGCCAAAUGGUUUCUAUAAAUCCUGUACAAAUAAUUAAUUAUUAUCCAUCCAGCGAAUAUAGUUUCAUGAUAAAUAAAUACCUAUAUUACACUGUUACUGUGUUACUUAUGCAUGAUCACACAGAGUUGUAAUAGUUCAAGAAUACAGGAUUUAUAGAAGGAUUUUUUUUCUUGUUUCUUUACCAGAAAUGACUUUUUUGAUAGUGUCAGAAUUUCAGUUGUAAUUAAACAAGUGUUGAAAUGUAGCAAAAUUUUGGAUGAUAUACCAUAAACUCUCAUUGACUUUAUUUGCAGCUUUUCAAUAUGACUUUUGGGUGUGGCUUUACGUUUGUGUUAAAUGGUGUA